AUGGCGUUAUUAAGGCUACACUCCUGUAGACUGACUCCGCUCCGUGCUCCAGCUGUACCGUCCUGUAGGUGUAAGUCAUCCAGUCCGGGUCUUACAGCCGCCCGGUCCUCUCCACUGAACUCCAACCCCCGCGCUCUCUAUCAGCAUCUCAUUCCUGUCUCAAUAUGUCUCAAGAUGGCGGCCAAUGCAGGAUCGAUGUUUCAAUAUUGGAAGCGCUUUGACUUACAACAACUACAGAAAGAGCUAGACGCCACCGCCACACAGCUUGCCAACAGACAGGACGAGAGCGAACAGUCCCGGAAGAAACUAAUCGACCUGAGCCGCGAGUUCAAGAAGAGCACACCGGAGGAUUUUCGGAAACAGGUUGCCCCAUUGCUCAAGAGCUUCCAAGGAGAGAUCGAUGCAUUAAGCAAGAGAAGUAAAGAAGCUGAGGCAGCCUUCUUGAACGUGUACAAGAAAAUAAUAGAUGUGCCAGAUCCUGUACCUGUGCUGGAGCUGGCUCAGCAGCUGCAGCUGAAGCUCCAGAGGAUGCACGACAUUGAGACAGAGAACAGCAAACUUCGAGAGACACUGGAGGACUACAACAAAGAGUUUGCAGAGGUCAAAAACCAAGAGGUGACCAUAAAGGCCUUGAAGGAGAAAAUCCGAGAGUACGAGCAGUCUCUGAAGAAUCAGGCGGAGAACCUGGCCCAGGAAAAGCAGCUCCAGCUACACAACGACUAUGCAGAGAAGGAGAGGAAACUCCAGGAGAGUCAGGACUCCAUGUCCUCAAGGUUGGAAGAGGCCGAACACAAGGCCCAGUCCCUACAGACAGCACUUGAAACAACUCAGGCCGAGCUCUUUGAUUUGAAGACAAAGUACGACGAGGAAUCUACAGCAAAGGCCGACGAGAUUGAGAUGGUGAUGACUGACCUCGAAAGGGCAAAUCAGCGAGCAGAAGCGUCUCAGAGAGAGACAGAGUCACUCAGAGAGCAGCUGUCCUCGAGCAGCCAAUCGCAGCCGCUCAGCAGCCCCGCCAAGGCCGCCGACCCCGACACGGAACAGGCUUCAGAGGGGGCAUCCCUCUCAAAUCUGGAGGCGGAGCUCAGGGCCAAAGAAAGGGAGACCGCCCAGCUGGUGGAGGACGUCCAGAGACUGCAGGCCAGCCUGACCAAACUCCGAGAGACCACCAGCUCCCAGAUCGCCCAGCUGGAGCAGCAGCUCAGCACUAAGACCGCCACUCUCAAGGAACUGGAGGAGAAACUGCAGAAUCAAGCAGACUACGAGGAGGUGAAGAAGGAGCUGAGUAUCCUCAAGUCUAUGGAGUUCGGAACAUCUGACUCUGUGCAGGACUCUUCCAAACCUCUGGAGGUGCUGUUGCUGGAGAGAAACCGUAGUCUUCAAUCUGAGAGCGCUGCUCUGCGCAUCGCCAACACCGAGCUUAGCGGGUCAGCCAGGCGAAAAGGGACAGAAGAGUCCGAAAUGAAGGAGGAGACCAUACCCAGCGACCCCUCUUCCUCGCCCCCUCCUCCUCCCCCCUCUCUCCCUUCCUCCUCCCAGCUCCCCCUGCCUCGCACUCACACAGAUCCCCACAACACUGCCACCAACACCAGCAGCGGGGAAGCGCACCCUUUCACUCCUACGGGCAUUGGCCAGGACUUCUACUCCCCUGUGUUCCCACUGGUGGGGGGUAAGAUGGCUUUGAACUCUCUGAUACAGCGGCAGCUGCUCCAGACCUUCUACUCCAAAGCCUUGCAGGAGUCAUCUGGAAUCCCCAGUGGAGCUCUACUGUUCACUCCCUUCACCCCCACCCUCAGCUCCAUCCCUACCUCCACCCCUGGCUCUGGGUCUGCUGCAAUCCCUCUGGCUGCUAGCAGCCCCCAGCCGCCCCCAGCCAGCCCAGACAUGGUUCCUGUCAACGGGAGCAGCACGGCCGGCAGUGCCCCUUCCCCAUCGCCCAGCCACUCUGAUGCCACCACAGGAAGUAUUUUGGACGGGGAGGAUAUGGACACAGCAGAGAUCGCCCGGCAGGUUAAAGAGCAGCUGAUCAAGCACAACAUUGGUCAGCGUGUGUUUGGCCACUACGUGCUGGGUCUCUCCCAGGGUUCUGUCAGUGAGAUCCUGGCCCGACCGAAGCCGUGGAACAAGCUAACCAUCCGGGGGAAGGAGCCCUUCCACAAGAUGAGGCAGUUCCUCGCUGACGAGCAGAACAUCCUUGCUCUGCGCAGCAUCCAGGGACGCCAGAGAGAGGGCUCAGGCCAGCCCCAGCUUAGCCGAGUGUUUCAGGAUGUCCCGAAGCGGAGAGCCCUCUCCAAUAAAGCUUCACACACAGGUAACAUUACCGCCCGUGUCCGCACCCCAGAGGCAGGUUCAGAUGAGGCUAUCAAGUCCAUCCUGGAACAGGCCAAGAGAGAGCUGCAGGUGCAGAAAGCUGACUUGUCUCAUGCCCAACCCUCGUACACAGGACUGAAAGGAGGGGGUGGAGGUGGGUUAGGAGGCGGAGGGGGCAGCGGAUCAGAUGAAGCCAUCCGCUCCAUCCUAGAGCAAGCCCGCAGAGAGAUGGAGGCCCAACAGGCCGCACUGGAGCCCAUACUUAAAGCCUCGUCUUCUUCCUCUAGUUCAUCGCUAUCUCAGAGGGACUUCUUAAGCUCCUCACUCACCGCUCCUCUCCCCCCUUACAACCCCUUGGCCCUCUCCCUCAAGAAGCCCCAUAGCUCCUUCCUGUCCUCACCCUCGUCCCCAUCUCCUAUCCUGGACUUCAGCUCCAGCAUUAAGCGAGAGGGCCGAGGUUCUUCAGGAAUGGACUUGUCUACUGACGGAGGAAUCCGGCUGGGUCGUAGCUCAGAGAGUUCGAACCGCUCCGGAAGCUCUGGAGGGGUAGGUUACUGGAGGGAGCAGUGGUGGAGCAACAUGCAUACGGACCCCCGCAGGGGUGUAAGCAGCCAAACGGGAGAAGAGAACCACAACCAGGAGGACUCCAAAGAGGGAAUAUUGAGUGACAGUCUGUCUCGACACAAACCGUGGAACAAGUUGAACCAGAGGAGCCGAGAGCCGUACCUCCGCAUGCAGCCGUGGCUCAAUGGAGACCAGGGGCAAAUCGCACACAUCCAGCAAGCUCCCAACCAAGAAGGUACACCGAAGACAUCGGCGAGCUGCAGCCCCGCACCAGAGUCUCCCCUCAGUUCAGCUGAGGAGUCCAUCAACGGUCUUGCAGGGGAUCCGCUCGCCUCACAGUCCUCAAGUCUCAAACCGCUGUCUGAGGAUCCCUCCGGUGGGGAGUCUCAGCCUGGCACCCCGCUGCCUCUGCCUGGUCAUUCAGGGCUCAGCAUCCAGGAAAUGGUUGCAAUGUCUCCUGAGCUUGAUACUUACGCCAUCACCAAGAAGGUUAAGGAGGUUCUGACUGAUAACAACCUUGGCCAACGUCUGUUUGGGGAGACUAUCCUGGGUCUGACUCAGGGUUCUGUCUCAGACCUGCUGGCCAGGCCCAAACCCUGGCACAAGCUCAGCCUGAAGGGCAGAGAGCCCUUUGUCCGCAUGCAGCUCUGGCUCCAGGACCCACACAGUGUGGAGAAACUCAUGGACAUGAAACGCCUGGAGAAGAAAGCUUACAUGAAGAGGCGGCUCAGCUCCCUGAGUGAUGGCCAUCCUGUUGACACGGGAUUAGUGGGGCAAGAUUACCUCCAGGGCUCCCAAAGUCCAGGACAGCAGCACCUGAAGAAGCCCAGGGUGGUGCUAGGCCCUGAGGAGAAGGAGGCCCUGAAGAGGGCCUACCAGCAGAAGCCCUAUCCCUCCCCCAAAACCAUCGAGGAGCUGGCCUCCCAGCUCAACCUGAAGACCAGUACUGUCAUCAACUGGUUCCAUAAUUACAGGUCACGUAUUCGGCGAGAGCUCUUCAUAGAGGAGAUCCAGGCAGCUGGAGGAAUGGGGCCCGGCAGCGAUGGGGGCUCCCCUUCCCUCCGAGGGUCCAAAUCAGGAGAGGGGGACAGCUGUGAUGGGACAGAAUCUGAGGGCACAGUGGAGACACGCCAAGGACUGGGCAUGGGCCUGGAGGAUCAUAGAGGAGCAUGCAAAGACCACGACAUGGAGGCUGAGUCUGAGGCAGGGGGCUCUAAUAACUCCCCUGCCCAGCUAGACUGCACCACCUCAAGCUUAGCCGGGCCAGGCUCCAGCUGUGGACAGGGUGGACUGGGGCUCUUCAGCCUCACUGAGGCUUCCUCCAGUAGCUCUGCCUCAAGUACAAACAUCCCAGCCUCUGGCCCUGCCAGAAACCCCAGGGACAACAAUCUGCGCAAGAAGAAAGCAGCCAAUCUGAAUAACAUCAUCCACAGGCUGGAGAAGGCUGCCAGCAAAGAGGAUCCCUCAGAGUGGGAGUUCUAGCUCCCCCUGACCAUCCCUCAUCCCUCUUGUCUCAUAACCUCACGACCUCUAACCUUGGACCCCUCCUGCUCUGUUCCAGUUGGAGAGUGGACACAGCCAAAGUCAAGCUCAGCAGCCAUUUUUAUUACAUAGAAGCUUUCCCAAAAGUGGAAAGAAACAAAGAGUGGUUGGCAAAACCCUUAAAAAGAAGAUUUACUGAAUACCUAGAAGAACAAAAUAAGAGAACCUAUGUGUCUCUCCUUUUUUUUUUAAACUGAGUUUUGUUUUUGUACUGAGAAAAGCACUUAGCCGUCCUGCUGGCCUCCGGCCCUGCUGUACCUCCCCCCUAUCACCAGCCACUGGUGCACCAGACUGGUUAGUCCUGAGCUGGGGUCUGACCCACAGCUGGGCUUGAAACCUGGACUCAGAAACACAGGCAAGGCCUGACACAGCAGCUGUCACAGUGAUAGACACUGAUAGAUGAUAGAUAGAGACAGGAACUCUCUUACAAGAACUCUCACUUUCUUAAAGGAGAUUUUUUCCGCUCUUCUUCUCACCUCCCAAGUGUCCACAGACCUCCCCUCACUCAGUGAGACGCCUCAUUUUUCACACUGUAGAGUGACUGUUACAAACCCUUUGCCUUUUUCACUCACUGCGUGUGUGUGCGUGUGUUUUUGUAUGUUAGGGGUUGUGUCAGUGUGCACCUGUCUGCGUGUGUACACACACCCAAAAUUGGUGUGUGUAUGUAUGUGUGUUCUCUUCUCAAUGGCAGCAUGUUUUCUUUUUUAUCUCACUCCUACACACUUAAGAGGGUAGUGGAAAGCCUGCCGGCUGAGCUGCCAUGGUUACUGAUGUAAGAAAGAUGAACUUUGACCUGUUGUGUCCCAUAUCCUAUCCUGCUGACAGCCAUGUGAUGGCCAGAAGGAUCUCUUAAUUCCUUACAAACACACGCACUCAUCUGAAGAGGAAGGAAGGAAGGAAGGAACCCUCUUUUUGCCUCCUUAAACCCUUCUUUUAAGGAUGAAGGAUGAUCUCUUUUUUCAUAUUGCAAUUUGGUUGCCAAUAAGAGAUUGCACAGUCUAUUGACUCUAAAGAGUACAAAUAGGGAAUUUUAGGAAAUUUUUAAUUAGUCAAAACUAAGAGCAGAAAAUAAAAUAACAUGUUACUGUUUUUAAAAAAGAGAAACAAAUUAGAACAGAGAACUGUUGCAUUGUUGAAAUACGAUACGAUGAAUUCACGUAGUACUGUAGUUGUCUGACAUGGUGAUACUUUACGUGUCUCUCGUUGUUUUCAGGUUGUGAACGUCACAGCUUUCACCCAGCACUGGACCUGCUGGGUGUGUGUGUGUGCGUGCGGGAGUGUGUGUGUGUGUCUGCACCACUGACAAAUUUUCUCUGUUCACAAACACACGUCUUUUUAUAGGCCAAAUCAGGAAGUGUGUGUGUACAUGUGUGUGUGUGUGUGUGCGCGUUUAGUGUGUGUUUGUAUUUGCCUGCAUGCAAGUCAGGGUCGAGGUCAAUUCACUCAUUUGUAAGAAGCAGAUUAUUAAUAAUGACUGAAGAAGUAGGUUCUAGUGAAUACUUGCAAUGUAUAGCUCUUGGUAAUCUGUACUUCCUGGUGGUUGCCGUCAAAGUGAAUUCACCCCAACCCUGGUGUGAGUAGUUACCACUCUCCUCCAGUCUCUCCUGUAUCCAGGGAUGUAAGUCUUUUUGCAUUGAAUUCUACUGUAAACACUACAAAUUCUAAGGCAUAUCACCUCCUCCCUGUCCCACACAAGCCCUCAGUGCCUGUCAGCCUACUGCCUCCCCUUUGUGUGUGUGUGUGUGUGCGUGCGUGUGUAUUUGUUUGUUUGUGUGUGUGUGUGUGUGUGUGUGUGUGUGUCUGCAUGGGUGCAUGUACACACACGCCUGUCAAUACAUGCGUGUGCACAAAUGUGUGUGUGUGUGCGAUUGAGGAGUGUUCAGUGUUUCCAAUGAGUGGGGUCAUAUUUCGUAUCUACUUGCACACACUACUAGUGCACAACUGACACCCUUCUUUAAGCUGUUUGAUGCGUUACCAUUACAUUAAUCUUCUCACAAAGUAGUGUAAUACUAUGAUUUACUGUAGCUUGGUUUUAUUGCUAUUUUGCAUUUAUAGUUUGGUUUUUAUUCUGCUUAUUUAUAGGUGCUGUAUUUUUCAUUUAAUGUCUUAUCAUUUGAGUUGUCUAUUUUUUAAGGGAUUAUACUGUUCCUGAGGGCAAGUAACAUUUUUAUUAGACGUAUAGACUGCCGGCAGUAUUGGUUAAUAUUUACAAAGAUGUACUAGUUCUCAUUUGUUUGUAUAUUCAUGAAUCCUAAAGUUUAGUGUCAUUUCAAUAGCUUUGAAAAAUGUGUUUGCUACAGUUCAUGCUCCCGUAAGCAUUAAGCUUUUACCACAACAGUUAUGCUCUUAAAUUGCUAGCUAGUGAAUCAAAGGACAUAUCAUGAUCAGUGAAUAUAUUAUAGCAUAUCUCUUUUCCUGUUUUCUCUUCUCCAAUAAUGUUUUAUUCUCGGGCAAGCCCAACACUACCGCUCGACAGGGCACGCAGCUUUCUUUGGAUAGAGUUCGCCCCACUCGUUUAUCAGGUCAUUAACAAGUCCAAGUGUAUACACUUUGUCAAAUAGGUCAAAUGAAAUUACCUAAACAUGAGAUCACAUGUUAAACUUGAAAGAGGUCAUAUCUGCCAAAUUGAGAUUAGAGAAGUGUACCCGCGAGCAGGUGUGUGCUACGCCACAUUGAACAGAAAGCCAGCCUAUGAUUAUGCAGAAUUUCUAUAGCAGUCCGUGACAAAGCACUUAUUAUUAGGAUCGUUUUUAAAGACGUACCUCGGACAGGGUCUGUAAACACUACAACAGAGUACCAUCCCGGGAUCCUGGGAAAUGUACAUUAUGCCUUUUUUAAAAGUGGUUGUGAACCAAGCACAGACUCUCAUCUGCACCCUAACACUAAAAUUCAAACAAAAUAAUGCUCUGCCCUCAUUUUCUACAUUAGAACUGUAUUCUAAUACAGCAGCCCCUUUACUCAAACUGCACCUAACUGUGUGACAGAACGGCCCAUCGGCUUGUACAGUUGUAGAUACUAUGAGUAAACACCUGCUUUGGUUUCUAUCCAAAAUCUCUAGAGUCAAAUCCUAAAGCCUCCCCUCUCCUUGAUUGUACAUGUUGAUAUAUUGGCAGCCUGUCACAGAAACUGAUAACCCCAUUGCACUGCAUUAAGAUGCAUUAGCCAAAAUUGGAUUUUCUAAUGGAUCUAAUAAUUGUAAAAUUCCACAAACAUUGGCUCUUCCUGCAGACGACUGAUGUGAGACAUCCGUCUUCUGCAAAUACCGAAGGCUUAUAGCCUUCUGUCGGACUGCUCAGACUGGACAACCACAGUAUGUUUCAUGGUGAUGAAUAGCUACUGUAAAGUAUAAGCACUUAACCCAUUACCCGUUUUAUAGCCAGAUCCAUCAACCCACCCAAACCAUGUGAGAUCAUCAGAUUUGUGCCUUUAACUGCCAAGCAGGGCACCAAACUAGUGAUGUCAUUAGAUGUAGACGAUUUCACCUGAUUUGUUCAUAAUGUCUCCACACCUUGAUCCAAAUUAAUUUCUCACACACUUCAUGUUGGUACUUUAAAUUCUCAGCUCUCUGGAGAGGGUUGUGUAUAAUUGCUGGAGUGCAGUGAAAGCGUAAAAAAAGAAAAAAAAAAGAGGAACCUAGAAAGAAGAAAAAUGGAACUUGUGUAUUUUCAUGACCGACCUGCAGACACAUUUUUCUGUCGGGGUCUUUUUUAGACAGUUGUUUUCCCACAAUGCAUUUCUUCCGUUGUACAUAAACCUAACUAGCAGCGAAAGGCCAGAGCAUUGAAUGAAGGAGGAAGCAUGCAGAAACAGCGUACACUGUAAUAACACUGAAUUUAUUCAUAGGGCAUUUUGUAUUUUUCUGUUUGUGUCAGGUUUGCUGUGACAUUAAUAACGGCACUACAGGUAUUGAUAAUGACGUGUGCCAAUUCUAAUGGUUAUUUGGGAAAAGAGAUGUGUAAAUACAGUCGAUCAAGUAGCUAUUGACUCACUAUUGUCACAGUAUGCUUUUAUUUUGAAGGCAGGAGGAGAGAAGGGACGAUUCAGGACUUUUCCAUGAUCCACAGAUAUUUUUCUACAAAUUUAAAUCAGAUGAUUCUAUACACUGUUGAAUAACAUUGUAAAGGUGUAACAGAUGCUGUAUAUCAUAUCAUGUUUUCUGAAGUUGUAAAGCUUUACUGUAUGAUCUGUUGAAGUAGUGGUUAUUCAUUUGACAUAUUGGUUGUAAUGGAAGCCCGAACAGCAGCACUGGUCACCAUAUUCAGGAAGAAAAAAACAAAAAAAAGAAAGAAAGAAAAACCUCAGAUGUUUUUUGUAAUACUUUUAGAAUAUAUCUUAUGAAGUGGGUUUUUGUACGGAAACACUUUCCGAAUCAGUGGUGCUGUAUGCAUAGCACACUCAGUAAUACAUACACACAUAAUACAGCACAAUACACUCAUCCUUUAAACUCCCCCCAUCCCCUCCUCUCACUUUUACUCGCGUGCUUUUUUUGUGUGUUCUUUCCGCUCACCUCUCACAUUGGCUCCUGCUAAUUUUUAAGUCUUAAACCAUUUCCUCUUCAUGCUUAUCCAUACACUUGUAACACCCAGAGAUGGACUCUGGAUCAAUAAAACAUUUCAGCAAAUGCUCGCAAGACUUAAAAAGGAAAAAAAAAAAAAGAGGAAGCAAAAAGCCAAAUAGUGAAAUAGUUCUCCA